CGGCGGGCGCCUGGAGCGCAGCGGAGCCGAGAGCCGGCGGCGUGUCCCGUGGCUCUGCCGCUGCCACCUUCGGGUUGUUUUGGUUCGGUUCUGGUUUGGUUUUUCUUUUUUUUUUUCUUUUUUUUUUAAAUUAUUAUUAUUUUGGACUUCUUUUGUUGUGGAGAAGAGCCCAGGUGGUUUUGGUGGUGUGGGGUUUUGGGUUUGUUUUUGGUUUGAAUUUCCCUCCCCCCCCUUCCCCCCCCAUUCUCUUUCGUUGUGGCCGCCCGAAGGAACUAAAGCCGAGAUCAAUGAAGGAAAGAAGAGCCAGCCAGAAGUUAUCGAGCAAGGCGGUGAUGGAUCCAAACCAGAACGUCAAGUGCAAGAUCGUGGUGGUGGGGGACAGCCAGUGCGGGAAAACCGCCCUGCUCCACGUUUUCGCCAAGGAUUGCUUCCCCGAGAGCUACGUCCCCACCGUCUUUGAGAACUACACGGCCAGCUUCGAGAUCGACACGCAGCGCAUCGAGCUCAGCCUCUGGGACACCUCGGGGUCUCCUUAUUACGACAACGUCCGCCCGCUCUCCUACCCAGACUCUGAUGCUGUCCUGAUUUGCUUUGACAUCAGUCGGCCAGAAACUCUUGACAGUGUGCUAAAAAAGUGGAAAGGUGAAAUCCAGGAGUUUUGCCCCAACACCAAAAUGCUUUUGGUUGGCUGCAAGUCAGAUCUGCGCACGGAUGUCAGCACGCUGGUGGAGCUCUCCAACCACAGGCAGACACCCGUGUCCUAUGACCAGGGUGCAAAUAUGGCCAAGCAGAUUGGAGCGGCGACGUACAUCGAGUGCUCAGCCCUGCAGUCGGAGAACAGCGUCAGAGACAUUUUUCACGUUGCCACCUUGGCUUGUGUGAACAAAACAAACAAAAACGUGAAAAGAAACAAAUCCCAGAGGGCAACAAAGAGGAUUUCACACAUGCCUGGCAGGCCAGAACUUUCCACAGUGGCCACGGACUUGAGAAAGGACAAAGCAAAGAGCUGCACGGUGAUGUGAGGAAGGACCUCGUAGGUUUGCUUGGAGGAAAAAAAGAAAGGGUGGAAGGAGAACGUUCCUGGGGGAAAGGUUGUUUGGGGUUUUUUUUGUUGUUGUUGGUUUGUUUUCCUUUUUUCAAUGAAGUACACACAGAGCCACGUGGUAUUUAAUGAGGGGCCUCUUGCCAGUGCUUUAAUGAUGGAGGCUUCACCUCUCCUUGUGAGACUGCGCUUAAAGGAACUUGAGCAGCGAGGAGGUGGCGCCAGGAACUGAUACGGUGAAGAAAAGGCCAAAACAAAAGAAUGAAAAACAAAGGGAAAAGAGAAAAAAAAAAAAAAAAGGAGGAAAAAACCCAAACAUUUGAAUGUGCUGAGAAAAGAGAGUGAGUGGGAAAAUAACACUGCAGAAGGAGAGAGAUGUCAUUGACAGUCAGUGCUUGUUUUCUUGUCUUAAGGCUCUUCUCCUGGAUGCUGCCACUUGGAUUUCAUUCAGAUGCUUUCAUUUUGGGUUGGCUUUGGUUGUUUUCUUGUUCUCAAAGAUGAUGUUCUUAAUGUGCCCUCUUCAUUAAGGAACUCCCUUGAAAGUUGGGUUGUUUGUUUUUUUUCCCCAAAGGAUAUCUCUCCUUUUUUUUGGUGGUGUUUUAGUAGCUCAUUGUUCAAAUGGAGAAGUGAACCAAGGCCUGCGUGUGUGUUUGUCACCAAGAGGAGAAUGCUCCCAGAGAAGUCUUGGAGCAGUUCAAGCAGCCUACAUUUGAGCAGGGUGGUGGUUGAAGGCACAACCACCUCGAGAUUUCCCAGUUGGAAAUUUGAUGGAUCCAACUGGAGGGAGCAAUCAACCUGCUUGUUGUUUGUCACCAAGAGGAGAAUGCUCCCAGAGAAGUCUUGGAGCAGUUCAAGCAGCCUACAUUUGAGCAGGGUGAUGGUUGAAGGCACAACCACCUUGAGAUUUCCCAGUUGGAAAUUUGAUGGAUCCAAUUGGAGGGAGCAAUCAACCUGCUUGUUGUUUGUCACCAAGAGGAGAAUGCUCCCAGAGAAGUCUUGGAGCAGUUCAAGCAGCCUACAUUUGAGCAGGGUGGUGGUUGAAGGCACAACCACCUCGAGAUUUCCCAACUGGAAAUUUGAUGGAUCCAAUUGGAGGGGGCAACCAACCUGCUUGUUGUUUGUUGGAGGACUCUUUGACUUUCUGCUGUGUUCCUCUUAGUUGACUGUGAUUUGAUUUAGAGUGGAAACGACCUCCAGUUCUGGUGUGCUGUUUGGGUUAUGUCGCUGUAGGUUCCAAGUUGAAAGGUGCUAUAAGAGCUAUGAUGACAAAUGAUCCUGAAGUUGUACAACCAAGAGAAUUCAUUAAGCCUUACUGCCUGCCUGGGGACAUGCUCCUCCUUGAGGAGUUGGUGGAUCCCAAGAUCUAGCCCUCUGUGAAGUGCUAGUAUGUGAUGUGGUCUCGCUGCAAUGGUCUUUACAAAGAACCUAAGAAGCUGCAAAUGAGCCAGCCAGAGCCAGGUUACCUUUUGUGAUUCUCUUUAAUUUCUUUUUGGUUUUGGGGGGGUUGUGUGCUUGCAGCCUGCAUUUUGCUCAUGGUGAGGAAAAACAGGGUCUGGAGAACUGUCAACACCUUAAAAGAGGUCCCCAGUAGCAAGUGGACGCAGCCUUUAGGUGAAUACCCUAUCCGGACCACAACCAUGCGACGCUGGUGAACCAGUUGAGUCUGACUCCUUUGUGCUUACUGAAGUCCUGUUGUUAACAUUCACCAGCCUUGAAGCUGGCUCCCAGCUGCUCACUGAGCAAUUUGACUCCUCUCCAAAAAGAGAAGAGAAAAAAAGAAGGCUGCUGGAAGCUGUGACCAAGUGUGGUUUGCCCGCUUGUUGGAGGACAAGCGUUCCCUUCCCUAGGGUGCUGCUUCCUUUUGGAAGUGUUUACAGGAUGGAUGUCCACCAGAACCUUGUACAGAGCCACAAGGAAAACUCAAAAUUAAGUUUUUUGUGUCUUUCCCCACACUUUGUUUCAUAGAUUCAUGGGAUGGGUCGGGUUGGGAAGGGACCUGGAUGAUCAUCUCAUUCCAAUCCGUCGGCAGGGCCGCUUUCUGCUAAACCAGGUCGCUCAAGGCCUCGUCCAGCCUGGCCUUGAACCACACCUCCAAGACCUCCUUAACUACAUAGCAAAAGAAGAUCCCAACUCCCAUAACCAAUUUAGGUCCCACCCAAAAAAAAAACCCCAAACCCAGACAUUUUGGUCCCCCAUAAAGAAGCUUUUUGACUGAUGCAACCAAUGCGCUUAGGGCAGUACGACAGAGCAAACAAACCCCUCAACUAGCUGAUAAGUGCUUUCUGUAUUUAAAUAGUGUGGAAGAAAUAUAAGUUAUAACUGUUCUAAACCAGGACAUUCAUGCCUUUGGUUGGGUUGGGUUGAAUUGAGUUGUUUCCCCCCCCCACCUCAUUGUUGAAGUCACUUUGUAUGUUUGGUUUCAUGUUUCUGCAGUAUUUAUUAAAAUGCCAUUUUAUUUUA